ACUUCCAGCCCUUCGCCAGGCCACUAUCAAUCGAUCAGAGAGCAGAAGAUGGCGGCGCGUCGAGGCUGAGCACUGAGAUCGAUCACCGAAACACUCGAUUGAACGGAUCAGCUGAAGUCGGAGAAAGCCAGAAACUCGCCUAUUAUAUGAGCAUACUGUUGCCUAAAGGGCUCCACUCCAUCAGUUAUGGACUUUCCUUGGCAUAGCGGGAAAGUCCUCGGGCAGCUUAAUGAACAGCGUCAGUUGGGUCUUCUGUGUGACUGCACUUUUGUGGUGGAUGGAGUAGACUUCAAGGCCCACAAGGCUGUGCUGGCAGCAUGCAGUGCUUACUUCCGCACACUCUUUUUGGACCAGAAAGAUGUUGUUCAUCUUGAUAUCAGCAAUGCUGCAGGUCUUGAGCAGGUCCUCGAGUUUAUGUACACUGCAAAGCUGACUUUAAACCCUCAGAACAUAGAGGACGUUCUCGCUGUGGCUACUUUCCUUCAGAUGCAGGAAAUUGUCAAUGCUUGUUCAGCUUUUCAGUCCUUGACUGUCCCCGCGACGUCUAAGCCUGUAGUAGUGACCGAGCCGGUGGAGGAACAGCCGAGAUCUCUGAGAAAACCAGAGGAUUCGAGUUCCCAGGAGGAGCAGGAGAGUCAUUCAGUGACACAGGAUGCAGUUUCUGAAGUGAAGGAAGCUCCUGUACAGUCAGAGACAACAGAAAGUGACACGACUGAGAAGCAAAACACAAAGACUCUCAGAGCUGUCAGCAAAAUCAGUGGGCCUUCCAAAACAAGACCAAAAAAACCUGGUGUUGUGAAUCCCAAGACUGAAACAGAGGAAGAAAAAGCCACAAAAGAGAUUCCCCAAUACGAAGAUGACCCUUCUGAUGCUGACUACACUCCCAAAGUCUCUCGGAGGGUAGCAGCUAAACGAUCAUAUGUUAGCACAAGGAGAAGCAAGUCGAAAUAUGCCACUCUUCACACGACCACAGAAGUUGAUGACGCCAAGGAAAGUAUGUCAAAAGCUGAGAGCGUGGAGAACAUGGUAGAAGAGGAGGAUGUAGAGGAUGAAGGAGAAGAAGAGGAGGAGGAGCAGGAAGAAGGAGAAGAGCAGAUGGAGACAGACGAUGGAGAAACAUCGGGUUCGGCCGAGCGCAGUGAGUCCAGAGCGUAUGGCUCUGUCACACACAAAUGUGAGGACUGUGGGAAAAAGUUUACACACACAGGCAACUUUAAACGUCACAUGCGCAUUCACACUGGUGAGAAGCCAUUCAGGUGCAGAGACUGUAAUAAAGCCUUCUCCGACCCAGCCGCUUGCAAAGCACAUGAGAAAACACACAGUCCUCUAAAGCCAUACUGCUGCUCCACGUGUGGAAAGAGUUACCGGCAAGUCAGUCUGCUAAACCUGCACAGAAAGCGACACACAGAUGAGGCGCGAUACAGCUGUGAGGACUGUGGGAAGCUCUUCACCACUUCUGGAAACCUGAAGAGGCAUCAGUUGGUGCACAGUGGGGAAAAACCCUUCCAAUGUGAUUACUGCGAGCGGGCCUUUUCUGACCCCACCGCUAAGAUGCGACAUCUAGAGACGCACGACACAGACAAAGGUCACAAAUGCCAACACUGUGACAAGAAAUUCAACCAGUUGGGAAACUUGAAAGCACAUCUGAAGAUCCACAUUACAGAUGGGCCACUCAAGUGUAAGGAGUGUGGGAAACAGUUCACCACCUCAGGUAACCUAAAGAGACACCUGCGUGUACACAGUGGUGAGAAGCCUUUCGUCUGUAUGCACUGCCAGAGAGCAUUUGCUGACCCUGGGGCCUUGCAGAGACACGUGCGCAUCCACACAGGAGAAAAGCCCUGUCUGUGUUUGAUUUGUGGAAAAGGCUUCACACAGGCCAGUUCGCUCAUAGCUCAUGUUCGCCAACACACUGGGGAGAAACCAUAUGUGUGUGACCGCUGUGGAAAAAGGUUUGUCCAGUCCAGCCAGCUGGCCAAUCACAUCCGUCAUCAUGACAAUAUCCGACCGCACAAGUGCCACACCUGUAACAAAGCCUUUGUCAAUGUGGGGGAUCUCUCAAAACACAUCAUCAUUCACACAGGGGAGAAACCUUUUCUGUGUGAUAAGUGUGGCCGAGGAUUCAACCGUGUGGACAAUCUGCGUUCCCAUGUGAAGAUGGUGCACCAGGGGAAGGCGGGCAUGAAGAGACUGGUGGUGGCUGAGGAGGACGAGGAAGAGGAGAAGAUGCUGCCUGACUCCACACCGGGCUCAGAGGUCAGCAUCGUCACGGUCACUACAGAUGACAUCGUGACUUUAGCCACCGAGGCUCUAGCUGCCAGUGCUGUAGCACAGCUCACAGUGGUACCAGUGGCCACCUCUGUAUCUGCAGAUGAAACAGAGGCACUGAAAGCAGAGAUCACCAAAGCAGUGGAGAAAGUACAAGAAGCAGAUCCCAACACCCAGAUCUUGUAUGCAUGUGACUCAUGUGGCGAGAAGUUCCUGGACGCCAGCUCCCUCGCUCAGCAUGUGCGAAUUCACACUGCCCAGGCCCUGGUCAUGUUUCAGGCAGACUCUGACUUUUACCAGCAGUACGCAGGAGAUGGCACAUGGCAAACCACCGAACAGGUCAUCCAGGGAGGCGAGCUCUUGUUCCAGACUCGGGUGGAGGACGGUGAGGAAGGAGAAGGAGCUGUAGCCCAGCCAGAAUCUCAAACUGAGGGGGUAGAGGAGGAGACCAGUACACAGGCAGAGACAGAGGAAGGGUCUGGGAAAGACUGAGAGCCAAGGACAGUGAAGACUUUCUCACCUGAAUCAGUCCAAAGGAUGGAGAGAUCCACAUGGAGUUUAGACUCACAAAGUGUAAUAUUUCACACCAGAGUGAUGGUUAUUACUUCUUAAUAUUCUAUUAUAAAACACACUUGUAUUUUGAAAAUAGUAGAUUGAUGUCUUAUCUCAAACCACAGCACAAUAGGUGUACAGCAUAUUUAAACUACAUUGUAUAGUUAAAUUUAGAUUUAAAAAAAAAAAGAUGACAAGAAAAAUGUAAUUUAAGUAUGAACAAAACAAACCUAAUUUGUCAGACCUUUUAAUAAUAGUGUUUCCCUGAAUGUCCUCUGCCAGAUCAUGUUAUCUCUGUUACUGAACCCAAUUAAACAUAUGACUGUCCUACAGGUUUAAGUUUUCAACAAAUCAGCUACAGUACUGAACUUUUAUUUAUUGGUUGAUUUUCUAUUUGAGCUUAAUCCUGCUUGACAUAAACACAAAAGACAUAGAACCGCUGAUUUUUACUGUAUGCUUAUUUUCAUAACACGUAGAAGCUGAAGAAACUUUCCAAACUUUUUUAAUUUUCCAUAAAUAUUGCGAGGGGCUUAUGUUUAAAAUGCACAAUUUCUGAUUAGUAUUUGAAAUGCUCUGUGUUUUAGUAAAUGGACCAUCAAAACUCAUUGCCCCAUUAGAUGAGUGAUGUGUGAUGCAAGCAAGUUUCUGUUUUUUGAAUAUCACAGAUUUCAUUGUCAGACACUCUCAUUUAAACUAGUACUGUGAGUGUUCCAGGUCAUUUUGGUCCAUUUCUGAUGUAGUUUAUCAAACAGACAAUUGUAUCAUAAUUACAUUAAAUAGUGACUGUUUAAAAUGACAUAAGCCAAAUUCAGUGCUUGAUGUUCAAAAUAACCUAAAGUUUGCUAUUUAAUUGUUUGUUAAUAAACCACUGUCUUUUGGUUGCUCGA